AUGAGCGGUCCCAAUGAUAAUAAAUGGCGGGGCGGACCCAGUCGCCAGGCAUCCCAGCGCGCCAACCGUGACAAGGCAGCUGGACAAGGAGGCGCACGCGAGAAUAACAAUGCGUGGGGAGCAUCGCAGCCUCCACAGGAGCAGCAUGUCCCUGUACGGGGCUUCAACACUGCGGAGGUCAAGAACAUCUUAAAGAAGGGACCUAGAGAAACCAAAUCAUGCACUCCCUACAAAGCCACCUCAAAGGACGGCGCAAACCAACGAUCUACGUCGGGCCCCAAAGCACAAUUGAUGGCGAACGGAAAGGAUUUCUUCCUAGAGCUUCGAAAACAGAUUGCUACACUACAGCGAGGUGGCCCGCCUGUCGGCGGCUGA